AGAAGCUAUAGGGAGAAUUCUUUGUACUCUUGUGGAGUUGCUUUGCUAAUCAUGCGAGUCAGAAACCUCUCUACUACAUCCUCCGCACAAAGUAGAGCAUAUCUCGUAGAAGAAAGCGGAAAGUGCGUUCAGGAGGGUCUAACAGCAUUUCACUGCACAGAACCUAGCUCACGAGCACCUGCGAAGUAGACCAAAACAUGUGUUGCCGCUCUCCGGGAAUCAGAAGUUGCAGUUGCGCAGGGACGAGAUAGUGGCUCCGCGAGUUUCAGACGGCGCAAUCGCAGCUCCCAGAUUCUUCGGGAUUGGCUUUCGGCAGCACGCGACUAAUACCGAAACCGAGCCACACAUCGGAGCGUCGACUCCUAAACCGCUCAAGCUGCAGGUCUUGCGUCUUUUCGCGGACGCUUGAUCAUCAAAACAGCCGUCUGCUACGUAGCCACCUUCGUGAGGCUCGUCGGCCAAUCGUAAGCCAAGAUGGGGAAAAAAGGUAGAUAUUGAGCAGGUCGUUGUGAUGCAGUGCGUGCAUGAACGAUCAACGUGCGGAUAUGUUUUUCGCAUGACAAAAGUGGCUUCAUCAUUAUUUCCGAACCAUUAUCAGGCAAGAAGAAGCAAGAGGAGGAACCGGAGGAGGAGAUACCGGAGGAGUUUUAUCCUGCUCUAAAGCUUCACCGUAAUUGUAGUUCAUUGCAAGCUCGCAUGACAGAUGUGCUUUGUGAACCUGAAUCCGCAUGGCAAAGUUGGUUGCUCCUUCUAUCAGUAGAAUCUGCCAUGCAAUUCCCACUACUUGCGCGGUACUUUUGCAAUGCAUAAAGUCAGGGAUUUGUCAAUACCAAUGCUCACAGAGAAGAUUCAGGGCCUGCAGUACAGGCUAGUCAAGGUGGCAAAGGAAAGGAAUUACAUGCAGCUGGAGAAUGACAUGGUAUAAAAACAGAAAUAAUUUCGACCGCAGUUCCACUUUGUGUUUGAAUGAGCAUGCCGCAUGACAAAUCGCCUCUACCAUACGGCUUCUUGCAUGGGGCAAAAUGUGAAUUUUACCAAGAAUCGUUCUCUUUAUCAGGUUCACCGGUUCUACGACAUUACUAAGCACGAGGUCAAGCAAUGCGAGUCCGAAAUCGCAAACAAGUGCUCGAAAAUGGAAAUGAUAGAACGGGAUCAUAGGACGCACUUGAAGGUGCACGAGCAGAAGGUUUUGAACCUGGAAUACGAGCUAUUGUGAGGAAAAAUCCCCCCUCCCCAUAUCGAAAAGGAAACUUGUGAUGCUGAUGCGUGGCCACAAAUCAGCUCUGCCUUGCGUACAGGGCAAGCGGCACCCAUGUGGCGCAUUGUGUAGCCAGUCUGUCAUGCGUUUUCGCCUAUCGCAGCCUCGUUGCUCAUGCCCAGCUGCUAGCCGGAUGCGCAUCCGAAUGGGCUUAGAAUAUGCCGACAAGCUCUCGCUGCAAUACAGAGCUCAUUUGUGUACACAAAUCCAGCAACACAAAUUGUGUUUUGAGUAUGGGGUAGGGGCUUUUUUCACUUGGAUACGAGCACAAAAACAACCGAAGACUAGUCGUGGCGGACGGGGAGGAGAGUAUAGCGGCGGAGAAGGAUAUGCGAAGAAAAAAGUGUUACAGUUACACAUUGUAGUGCGAAACAAGCUAGACAGGCAACCUUUGUCAUGCACGAAAUGCUUGCCAGUUUCAUGUCAUUCUAUGUUUUCCCUUAUAGCCUGUGCAUCACAGGUUUUCUUUGCCAUGUCGAGCAACUUUGUGAUGCAGAAACUUCAACAAGUGUGUAACUGUAACACUUUUUUCGUGGGAUAAAGGAGGUCCACAAAACGAAGAUAGCGGGAAUGAGUAUAGGAGUUUUUUGCUUGUGUCGACUGUUUUCAAAAGAAUUUGCGUUUGUUAUGUGAUGCUGCGCUGCAUCUUUCAAAACCGAUGUACUCAUGAUGAGAAAAAGCGAAGUUUCUCACGAUGGUCAUAUGAGGCGAGAGCCUCUGAGUCCAUUAUCGUAAAACCCAGCUCACUCUGACAAUUUCUAUUGCAAAUGUUACAAGUAGACCUGGAUCUGUCUUGCCAGACCGGCACAAAUUCUAUGUGAUGAGAAAAAGCGAUGUUUCUCACGAUGGUCAUAUGAGGCGAGAGCCCAUGAGUCCAAUCCGUAAACCCAGCUCACUCUGAUAAUUUCUAUUGCAAAUGUUACAAUUUGUCAGUGAUCUGUCUUGCCAGCACAGCGUGAGACUUUAUGUGAUGAGAAAAAGCGAUGUUUCUCACGAUGGUCAUAUGAGGCGAGAGCCCAUGAGUCCAAUCCGUAAACCCAGCUCACUCUGAUAAAGGUUUCUCUGCUUACUACUGCCGCGCAUGAUGCACUUGCAGCGACAGAUUCUCAGUUCUCAAAUCACCGGAGAUCCACGGUAUAGUUUCGCAUGACAAGUAACCACUUUUUUUACGCAAAAUCCGCACAUAUUACAGAUACCGCAAAAGACGGCCUGAAGCAGGACGGACAGUCAAGAAAAUUGGCGGACCAGGAGGAUCUGAGAAUGCUGAAAGUGGGGUUUGAAAGUAUAUAUAAGCGAUUUUUUGUGUCAUACCGAAAUCAGUUCAGAAUCAGAAUCAAGACUUGCCAGGCAGAUUGCCAUCGAGAAGGUUGAGAAAAAGAUAAAUCAAAAACCAAGCUGCUUAUCAUGAUGCUUACACCGGGUUUUCUUUACCUGGUGCCCUUCCGCUGAGGUAGAUUCCGAUGAAGUCAACCUCUAAUCAAUUCCUUAAAACCUUCUGACAGCAGUAGAGUUUGUGAUGCAUAUUGCCCUUGAUAAAAAAAACGGUCUGACAAGUGGAUCUUGAGUAGAGUCUGUGAUGCGUAGAACGGGAUCUGGAACCUUGUUUGUCAUACAGAAGUGCGACCACGUCAAAGCCAUACAAUGAUGCUCACGCCGGUCAUAGAUGUCCGGUGCCCUUCCACUGAGGUUUUCUUACCGCUGAAGUCAACCUCUAAUCAAUUCCUAAAAACACUACUGAUUCACGAAAAUGGUUUUGAAUACGUGUCGUGACUGAAGAAGCAUGACAAACUGGUUCUUUUAUGCAUGAUGAAGUCGCAUGUGAAACAAACGAAAAGAUCUUAAUCUUAUCCUCCGACGUAUCAGACUGGCUGGACUGGUUUCUGUGUCCCGUCAGAUUGGAGUUAGAAGAGGGAAACUAAAAAUCUGUUUCUAGCUGGAGUCCCUCUCGAUCGUGCCUUCCGGUGCGUACCGAUGAGAGUGGUCGCCUUACCGAGUUACAGACAAGCAAGCAUUUUUGCCUUUUGUCGCACUACAACAAGGUUUCCUGGACUAUUCCCUGCAUGGGAAGACUCUUGUAUCAACCCUCCGAAGUAUCAGACUGCAACAGCUGAUUUCUCAUGCUGUUGUGGAUUGGAAUGCGAGAGGGAAAUGAAAUUUAAGAUUCUAGCUGGAGUCCCUUUCGCUCGUGCCUUCUGGUGCGUACGGAUGAAAGUGGUCACCUUACCGAGCUUCUGACAAUUUGGUCUACGCUUUCCGCAUGACAAAUUGCUUUUCCUGUACGCAGUUUUCCGCAUCACAGCUUGCUUGUUUUCCGGGCGCUUUCGUUUUCCGCAUCGCCACCGCAUUUUGACCGAGCAACAUGAUCAUUUCGACGCGGAACUACAAAGCCCUUCCGUAGCGAUCGCCGCAUGACAAGUUUUUUCCCCCCGCCCAUCCUCCGAAGUAUCAGACUGUAGCGGCUAGAAAUUAUUUUCCAUGCUGUUGCAGAUUGGAAUGUGAGAGGAAAAAAAAUCAAGAUUCUAGCUGGAGUCCCUUUCGAUCGCGAUUUCAAAAUCGCGUACCGAUGAAAGUGGUCACCUUACCGAGUUUCUGACAAUUUGUUCUGCUGUAGCUUCUGCAACACAAGUUCGCUUUUCUCCGCUCCUUCCGUCGGGGUUUUUCAAUUCUUCCGCCGGGACCGCUGACCCGAGGAAAACAUAGUCCCCGCUGAAGAAACCGCUCGCUGCUCGCCGCUUUCUGCAUCUCUCUCUCACCCUUGCCUCCCUUCCUAUAAUUCGGCUCCUACUUGCCUUGUCGCGCAUCUCCGGAUCUUGAGUCUUCUUUAUCGCUCUCCAGCAUUCUCAUCUCAUCCCGGCCGGACUGCUGGUGUUCUCUCUCACCCACGAUAGAAGCGAGGCCACGCCAUGGUCCCGUCUUACCGUCCUGUUUCUCACCUGACAAGCUGUUCCUACGGUCGUGUUUCUUCCGCAUGUUGAAAAGUUGUUUUUACACUUGUAUUCCACCUUGCAUGACAAGUUUCCUUUCCUCCGAAGUAUCAGACUGCAACAGCUAAUUUGUCAUGCUGUUGCGGAUUGGAAUCCGAGAGGAACACGAAUACCGAUUCUAGCUGGAGUCCCUUUCGAAUUGGAAUGAAAGUGGUCGCCUUACCGAGUUUCGGACAGUAUCCGCAGCUUCUUGAUGCACGACAAAAUCUUCUUUCCCACUCCCGUUUAUAUUCUGCAUGACAGUCUACUAUCAUGAUGCAAUCAAUGGCUCUCUCUCCCGAGGAUGAUUAUCUGCACACCAGCAGACUCUCUUCUGAGGCACAAACACCACCGGAAUCUUUUGUUUGGCUGAUAAUUUUUAUGCAGUGCUUGUUUCUGUUUGUGCACGACAAAUUUCUUCUCUUUUUCUUUCCCGCAUGACAAAGAACAACUAUCAUGAAGAUGCAGUCAAUGGCUCUCUCUCCCGAGGAUGAUUUUCUGCACACCAGUAGAUUUUCUUCUGAGGCACAAACACCACCGGAAUCUUUUGUUUGGCUGAUACAACUUGUAGUGUAGAAGUAGUUCAUGUGCAGGGUAAAAUUGUGGUUUCGUGUGGCCGCCGCGCCACCUAGGGGACCUAGCGCAUGAGGAAUUCGAGGUAUAAUUUUCACUAUGAUGCAAUCAAUGGCUCUCUCUCCCGAUGUUGGUUUUACACACUGUCGUUGUUCCAACGCGCGAGGCAAAGCAACCACCGGAAUCUUUUGUUUGGCUGAUAGUUUUUCUAUGCAGUUUCUGCUCGACAAACCCUUUCUCUGCUCCCUUUCAUCCGCAUGACAAACUUUCGUCUGGGCAAGUAGCAAAAUAAUCAGUUUUUCCUCUCGAUGUCCAAGGUUAGCACCAUUUUAGCGGUUGGAAGGAAGAGAUAUCUCUCAUAGCGGAAGUGCAUGGCAAGUCUUGAUUCACAGAGCUAAGUUGUGUUGUGCGAUGGUUUUUUGAACUUUUCUAAGUGCUGAAUUUUCGACGUCUUGUGAUGUAGCUGUAGAAGUACACCUUAGGGCUGCCGGGAUGAAAUUACUGACUCAACAAGCCAACUGCUAAUUUCUGUCAGGAAACCUGAAAAAGCUGCGAGAAACCUUCGAGGUGAACCACGGGACACUCGAGAAGAACUACGAGGAGCAGAUAGAAGAGCUACAGAGGGACCUGGAAUUGAAGCGAAAGUGCGAAAUUCACGAGAUAGAAGAGAGGAAAAACCAGCACAUAAACGUAUCCUGAGGAAAAAAACGUUCCCACGCCACAUUAGUUGUGAUGCAGAUUUGCCAUUACAGGACCACUUUUCAAUGCGCAUUUACCUAUGAGAGGCAUAAUUUCCCGUCGUGUUUUAGAAUUUGUAAUGCUGGGAACAGGAUAAGGAGAGGGCUCUGUGAUGCGGCUGUCCUUGCUAACUUGCACCACCGUGCAGAAAAAGCUUGUCAUGCGUGGCUCCCAAAAGUCCUGAAUUUGUGUUGCACAGAGAGUUCGCAACUUGAGGUGGGGACGUUUUUACUCAGGAUAAAACGACCUGCUGUUCAACCACCAGGAGGCCUUUGACCAGAUAAAGGGCUACUACAACGGUAUAGCAGAAGGAAGAUAUUUUGAUGUCAUCAUGGGGACUACACGCAUGAGAAACAGAGUCUGUGAUGCGAAGUUCUGCAUGACAUUGUUCUGACUUUUCAACAGCGGGAAAUCGAAAUUCUAUCAGAUAUUACUCACGACAACCUGCAGCUCAUAAAGUCUUUGAAGGAUGAGAUCGCCGAAAUGAAAGACCAGGAGAGGACCAACCUUCAGAGAAUGAAGUCAUUAACACUCGGAAACCAAAACCUUGCGGAGCCACUGAAUAUCCUGUGCAAAAGUAUCGUACUCGUAUUGCAGUCACGUAUUACAAAUCUUGUUCUUAAGGCAGCUUAGCAUUACAAAUGUCAUUUCUCAUGCUGAGGAAAUUUGUGAUGCAUUUAUACGAGUACGAUGCUUCUGCACUGCAUACUGAAGCAGAAGGAGCAAAUGAGGCAGGAGCUGCAGUCGCAACUGAAAUCGUAGUUAUUUAUUUAGCGAUGUGAGUGUAGUUUCGCGCAUGAGAAACAUGAUUCCUGUGGUGUUUCGCGCAUGAGAAACAUCUUUUAUAAUUCCUGUAGCCCCUGUUGUAUACUGUGCAUGACAAAUCACCUCCUACUUUCAGCUACGGCAAAGACAAACUGGCCCUGAAGAACUUGAUCGCGCGAGCACAAUCGCUGGAAAACGAGCUGAAGGAAGCAGGGGGCAAUUGGAGGAUGGCAAACGAAAAAUUCACGAAAGUGGAAAGGGAAAGGGACGAGCUCUACCACGAAUUUGCCAAGGGCGUAGCAGACGUGAAGAAGAGGAGCGAAUACAAGAACGUUGUAUAAUAGAAGUUGGCAUAUGUUGUGUUACUUCAUUUUGCAUGUCGCGCAUGACAAACUCGAGCUUUUGCUUGAUUUCACGCAUGACAGACUUCUGUCAAAUUUCCGCACUUUGCAAUGCGAAUGCAUUCAACACGUGUAAAAAACAACCCCGUCAGGUUCUGGAGCGCAAGCUCGAGCUUCUCCAGCACGAAUUCCAGCAGAAGCAGGUCCAGCUUUCCGAAGUUUUAGCGUCCGCCAAACUCGACCCCAUGGUGGUGCAGAAUGUAACGCAGAAAUUGGAAUCUGUGUUGCUGCAGAAAAACACGCUGUGCAAGGACCUGGAGUACCAAAUUGCCCUCGCGACCAAGCAGUACAACGAUUCUCUCCAUGUGUUCGAAAAACGGUUAGUCGACUUCGGGGUGCCCGUGGAGGAGAUUGGGGUGGAGCCGCUGGAUAUCCUGUGCAAAAGUAUCGUACUCGUAGUAAUCGCAAUCAUGCAUUACAAACUUCCAUCCCAAGGUCAAACAGCAUAACAAAUUACAUUUGUCAUGCUGACCGAAUUUGUAAUGCGAUUUCUACUAGUGCGAUGCUUUUGCAAUGCAUACUGGAGAAACAGGUCGGGAGUCUUGGGGUGGUCAGCGAAAUGCCGGCGGGGCUGGUGACGGCGAAGAGGUAAAGGAAAAAACUUCUCAUGCGGAUGGACUAGUACGACGGCGAACUAUGGGAAGUUGUGGUGACUACAUCCUGCUGUGUAACGAUGCGAAUAAGUUGACGAUGUUUACGAGACAAGUUGAUGCUCUUUCAUACUCAAAAAAAGUUGAUGCGAAUUUAAAGUUGAUUUAUACGAUGACGAUCUGGUGCUGAUGACACACAGGAAAGAUUUUUGCAAAUUCUGCAAAAGAUAAGUGCAGAAGGCAAAAGCAGUGCGCGCAUUGAAGAAAAAUGCGCAAAUAAUGCACAAUGUUGAACUAGGAAAGACUACACUUUGUACCAAACCAAUGAUAGAAUGCUCUCCAGAGCUUUUUUGAUUUACGCGGAGGGAGCUCUGCGUCGAAUUUCUCCUACCAGAGUAACAGUACGUUAUACCGAAAACUGGUGUUCUACCGGCGCAUUUUUUUUUCCGAAUAAGUACACGCGGUCGCGGGUUGGCUUUCGUCGUCCUUCCAAAGAUAUUCAUACUACAGCUAUGUGG